AUGUCAAACGUAGAAGAGAAGAAUUUUUGCGAAAAGAAACAUGAUUUCAAUCAGAAUUUGAUCGAGCCGCCUAACUCGUUCGAACAAUUGUGCAACAUGAUAAACCAACUGGAAAAAGAUAGCAGUAUUGAAAUUACGGAAUACAAUCGAAUUGAUUUAUUGGCUGCUGACAUAAAACACGAUGUCAAUCUAGAGCCAGCAUUACACAAGUAUCUGGAACAUAUUGAACCGGAAAAAGAUGUCACCGCAAAUAAAUGUGAUUCAGUUGCAACGACUUACGAAGACAUAAUGUCUUUCCUAGAAAAUAUUGAAAAUGAUGUGCAAGCGAAUAACGUCAUUAAGGAAAAUGCAACAACUAUAAUCUCGUCGUGUCAAAAUCCUAGAAAUGACAUACAAAACAGCCGGAUUUUCGACUGUCAGCAGGAUGAUUUAGAAACCGCGAGAUUGCAAAUCGAGGAAAAGAACGCGACAAUAGAAUGUUUGAAAAAUCAAUUAAAAUCCGAACGGAAAGCAGCAUGCGACAAAAUGAUGACACAAAAACGGUGCAACGCUACCAAGAUAAAAGAGCUGGAGAAUAAGUACAGGAUCAUCGUGAAACGUCAUCAGAAGUUUAUCGAACAGCUGAUCGCCGAAAAGACGGAUCUCGCGCAAAAAUGUGACUCUCUGGCACAACAGAUAAAAAAUACAGAACAGAAAAUUCAGCGAGAUUUGAAAGUAAUUAGCGAAAGACACGCCGUUGAGCUGCAACGUGCGAAAGAAAAUAUAGUUGCGUCCGAAAAAAUCCGGCGCGAGCGAUGGUUGGAGAUGAAAACUUCAAAAAUUAAGGAAAUGACAGUGAAAGGAUUAGAACCAGAGCUGCAUAACAUGAUGGAACAACAUCAACGAGAAAUACAGGAAUUGAGACGCGCGCAUAUAAAAGAAUUACAAGACACAGAAUUGCGUGCGAUGCGUAGAUCAAAUCAACAAUUAGAGCAAUUGCGAAUCGAAUUAACAGACAAUCAUGAGAAAAUGUUGGCCAAGGAAAAAGAUAUACUAACGACAAGAUAUAAGGAAAAACUGGAAGAGCAAGAAGCACACUAUCAGGCCCAACAAAAAACAUUUACGGAGCAUUUCGAAAGAGAAAAGUCUAUACUUAUUGCAGAGCAAAAGAAACGCGACCAGGAAACAAGCGUGAUGAUACAACAAACGCAGUUGCAUUUUCAGAAAGAAACAGAAAGAUUGAAAGAGCAACAAGAAAUUGCUAAGAGAAAUUUGGAGGAAUCCCUGAGGAAUAAAUGGCUCGCAUGGGCAGAUAAUUAUAAAAAACAACAAAGCGCAAAUUUGAUCAAGGCAGAGACUGCAAUUCGUAGUGAUUGUCAAAAGGAAAGAGACAAGCAGAUAGAAAUCGCUAUAGCUAGAUUGGAAAAAGAAUCUCGUGAGAUGCGAGCUAAGUUGCAGCAAAGUUUCGAUAAUAAAUUGGAAUUAAUGAAAGAAGAUUACGAUACGAAAUUGCAAUCUGCAACUAAAAGCGAAAGCAUUCAUAAAAAUAAAUUAUUAUUAUUAGAAGAAAGAUUUAAGUGUACAGAAAUCCAAUUUGAGAAAACAGAAAAUAGAUUGAAGGAAUGCAUGUCCAAUUUAAAUGAUAUGAAUGAGACAAUCGUGAAAUUGACCACAGAAAAAGAUAAUGCAAAAGAGUUAGCAAAGCAAGAAAUUGAAACAGAAAAAAGAGAAUUGGAAGACAAGAUUGCAUCGCUCUAUCAAGAAAUAAUUCAGAAUAAUGCUAAUAGAGAUCAAUUUAUGGCACAAUUGCAGAGCAGGAUAAAAUUGAUAAUUACUCAAAAAGCUUUAACUAUAAAAAAUCUCAACAAAAAACUCCAUGAUACUAACUCAAGGUGUGAACACUUGGAAAAAUUGUUAGAUCAGCAGAGAAAAGAAUAUAUUUUAAAAACUUUAUAA